AUGCCUCCCAAGGUUGCUCUCUUCCUUGCCCUUGUCCUCCUCCUGGCUGCUGCCGCGCACGGCUGUGAACCCUAUUGCUCCAGCCCAGUUGUCCCGACCCCGCCGCCUCCGUCGCACAGCCAGUCUGGGCGCUGCGACACGCUCAAGCUCAGCGUGUGCGCCAACGUGCUGGACCUCAUCAAGGUCGGCUUGCCCCCGCACCCGCAAUGCUGCCCGCUGCUUGAGGGGCUGGUGGACCUCGACGCGGCAUUGUGCCUCUGCACUGCCAUCAAGGCCAACGUCCUCAACAUCGUCAACCUAAGCGUGCCCGUUAGCCUGGAGCUCAUCCUCAACAACUGCGGCAAGACUUGCCCGAUGGACUUCACUUGCCCCUAA